AUGAGUACGGACACCAUUAAUCCCUAUAUUCCUCAUCCCGAAGCGGACAUAAUAAGUCAGAUCAGAGAAGCCGUUCGCUAUUUAAUAAAGUUUCUGAGCACACUCAAUCAGUUUGCAGUGAACAUUAACAUUUACCAAAAGAACAUCCCAGCACGAUAUAUCUACACAAAGGCAGAUAACGACACUCAUUACAGUGUUGUCAAACAACGCGUUAGAGACUGCCCAGUCGCUUAUAGUAUGUACAAGAAGUUCACAAACGAGUUACCGCAGUACUUAAAGACCAUUAACGACUACGAUGAGGACGACCAAGAAACACUUUAUGAAAUAGAAGAAGAAGAACAGACUCCAGAAGUCUUAGAGACGAUGGCUGAACUCAAGGAACUGUUUCUAGUGAUGAUGAACAAAGGACAAGUCUUGAUGUCGCAAUUAGAAACGUCGUGUGGGGAAACACCGGAGGACAAACUGUACAAAUCGUACAAGUACUUUACAGAGAAGUUGCUGUGUAAAAGCAUUUUGACGAUCUGUGCGCCAAAUUACAUCAAAGAUCAAGUCGUCGAGGAACAACGAAAGAGAAAGAAGUUUGUGAAGCUCCAAAUGCGUGCGGCGAACUGUUUGAAGGACAUCGACUUCUAUUUUGAGAAGUAUUUAGCGAUCUGCGAGGCGGUCACCGUGUACUACGGUAAACGAGAAGAGCUGAUGAACGACCACGUGAAGUCCAUUUAUCAGCACUUGAAGCCGAAAUUUGAACACAUUCAGAAGCACUACACGGAGGUGUUAAUUAAUGAGAGUAUGCCCUUCUUGACUUUUGAUCCGAGAAGUGCGGAGGAGUCAUUUUUAUCUUUUCGGGAGGUAGAAAUAGGGAUCCAAGCGCUUGAAGUGAUUAUUAACACUGAGAAGACAGUGAUGGAGGAGUUAGGGGAGUGCUUCUUUGGGAUGUUUGUGUUGUACUCGAUGCAAGGUGCUGCUGCGACGGACAUGUACGAGAAAGUGCUAGAAGUGUGGAACGACUACUUUUACUUGCAACGGAUGUUUGAUGAGUAUAAAGAGAUCCACGAGUACCAAUUUGUGAAUGAUUUAAGGAAUCGAUAUGCGUACGAGACUAAAGAGGCGGGAAGAAUCGAGGCGAGUCGAAUUGGACUGUACUUGUUGAAGCUGAAGGAGUACCCGGACUCGUUCUGUGUCAAGUUCAUUAUAUUGAUGAUGUACGUCUACAUCAUCCACGUCCGCCCACGAGUCAGUCAUAUGGUCUAUAUGGUCAUGAGCUUCGACCAUUACUACGCAGAGGCGAAUGGGUUGUCAUAUAUGGCGCCACAGUCGACGUGUGACAUCAUGGACUUUACUAAGAAGUAUCUCUGCGAGAAAUUAGGAGCGGUUCUGUGGGUGUUGGUAGAAGAGGAGGACGACGACACGACAAUACCGUUUGGGAGUGGAACACGAAGAGUGCGGGAGACGGACAAUAUCAAUUUAGUGGGGACGAAUGGGUUUACGAAUAUCAUACAAAUAGUGUACGCGUAUAAUCUCUCCAUGACGGAGGAAUCGAAGGACUACGAGAAUAAAGAAGUCAUGGAGUACGUCCAAGCCCAUCCGACAGUGGUGGAGUGGGCGAUGGAGUAUCUGGAAAAGGUUGGUGAGCCGAAGGCGUUGUUCAGGAAUGUCACGAUUAUUCGGAAUGGACUUGAAGAUGCGUUGGACUGGGAUGGGAGUGACGAGGAGGCGUGGAAACCAAUGAAGGAAUUGAAACGGGAGGAGGAGGAAGAAUUUUCGAAGUCGUUUUAUACACAAAAAGUGCGAAGUUUGCGGUCGAGUUUGGUGAUGAAUGACAACGACGAACAGAACAGUGAAGGCAGUGAAGAAGGUAGUGAAGAGAAGAGUGAGAGCGUUGAAGAAGAAGAAGAAACGGGAGAAAAGGAAGAGACUUUUACACAAGGAAAGAAUGGUGUGGAAGACGUAGAAGAACGAAAUGAAAGAAAUGAAACACUUUACGACAACAAGAACAGUACGAAUGAAGGAAAGAAACAGAAUGAGGAAAGGAGUGAGAAAGGAAAGGAGAAUAUAACUACUAAAUUUGUUCGACCAAAGAAGUUGAAAUAUCAUGUGAAUGCUUUUAAUAAGUACAUGAUUGUCACCUACGACGAUAUCGUCACCGUUGGCCCAAAGGCAGAAAGCGACCAAUUUGUUUAUUUGGCACAGAAAAGACUGGCGGAAAAGAUCUGCGAGGAGAUCAGAAGAGACAACGUCGAACUCUUGAAACAACUGGAAGAAAAGAUGAAAAGAGAGGAACACGAAAAGGAAGUCGAGGAGGAAAGAAGAAGAGUCGAAAACAUCAGGAAGAAGAAGGCUUUGGAACAUAAGAAGAAGAUUAAGGAUAUCUGCGCACAUAUGGAAUGGAUGAAACAAAUGAAAAAGGCCGUCAGCGAAUUGCCAGAACAUAUCUAUAACGAACCAAUCCAUAAGGGAAAACUCCCACAAAAGGAAAAAAGAAAAACAGAAACUCUUAAACUGAAAAACGCAAAUAUCAUGAUGUCGGGUAUUGGAAGGACAAACAGCGACGUGUAA